CUCUCAUCCAUCGUCAUGGUGCUCCAACCCUCGUUGCAACAUAUGCUGAUCGCUAUUUGAUGAAGAGAAAGCGAACGGCUCACGGCGGACCUUCCCUCGCGUCCAGAAAACCCUCUGGCAACCCCUCAUCCGCUCUUUGUGGAUCAAAUAUGUGCGUCCAGGAUUUCGAACCAUCACGCAUCGCCUUCUCAUUUGUCCUCUGCUCCUCAUGCGUGGUCUGCUCCUUACGCGUUGUUUGCUCUUCGAGUCUCCUCUGUCCCUCCUCUCGCCUCUGCUUCUCCUGUCUCCUCUGCUUCCUCUCUGCCUUCUCUCUCCUCUCCUGUUCGAGUCUCUGGUGCUCCUCGAGUUGCUCCUGCUCCGCAAGCCUCUUCUGCUCCUCCACUUCCCUUUGCUUCUCCUCUUUCCUCUGCCUUUUCUCAAUUCUCUUCUUCUCCCGUUCUACCUGGAUCCAAUGUCUCUUCUUCUCCUGUCGUCUUUGCAGUCUCUGCUCCUCAUGUGUGCUCUGAUCUUCAUGUGUGAUGUGAACCUCAGGUGUGCUUGGGUUUUUAAGAUUUUCCGGAUCCUGAAAAGUUUUCGGCUCGUCAAGUCUUUCUGGCUCGUCAAGUCUUUCUGGCUCGUCAAGUCUUUCUGGCUCGUCAAGUCUUUCCGGCUCCUCAGGUCUUUCCUGCCGCUCCUUCAAUAUCUCCGACUCCUUCAGUGCCUUCUGCUUCUCCUCUCUCUUCUCCUUCUUACGUUCCUUUUGCCUAUCCCGUUUCCUCUGGCUCUCCUGCCUCUUCCCCUCCUCUUGUCUUUUUCGCUCAUCCUCUCUCAUGUGCUCCUCAAGUCUUCUCGGAUCCUCAUGUCCCAUUCGCACCAACUCAUCCGCCAUCGUACCCAUGACCGCAGCACUAGACACAAUGACUGCGGCAGUAGCAGCAACCGACGCUUCUAGCUCGUGAAGCAUUUCAUGCUGCGCGCGAUACCUCCA